GCUGAGUUUGAUUCAGAGCAGCAGGAUGGACCCAACGGGGUCAGUCUUGCUCUGGACAACCAAAUGGCAAUUAGCAAGAGAGCAGCUAGCGAGGGAUUAACUAGCACGAAAGUAGCUAGCGAGAGAGCAACUAAUGAAAGAGCAAUUAACAAGAGAGCAGUUAGCGAAAGAGCAGCCAGUGAAAAAGCAGCUAGCGAGGCUGAUGCUGGGCCUUUGUGUGCCUACCGCGUCCUGGAGGACGGCAAAGAGGGACGGUUGUGUUUCCGUCACACUCAGGUGGACUUCACGUGUCCCAGCGGUACCUGCCGGCAGGUGAGGUCACCCGGAGGACACCUGGUGGCGAACAUGCUCUCCAAUGGCAGUGUGCUGCUCCAGUGGACUUACAGCGGACGGGGCAGAUCAAAUAACCCAGGGAAUUUAGGGGUCCCAUCAGGAGUCCCUGAACUUACAGUGACUCCAACAGCAGGGGGCGAUGGAGAGACUGUACCCGCCCCACCAAAGAGCCCCAGCAGGGGGCAGCAGAAGCAGAAUGGGGGGUUUAGAAUGAGCUGCUGGUGGAACGGCAGCUACACGCAGUUUGAGUGUGCGAGCAUUAUCCUAGGCAGCAGCUGCCGGGACUUCCUGCUGACCGAGCUCCACGAGAACGUGCCCUACCGCAUCUGCAUGCAGCCUCUGUGGACGGUUUGGGACGGAGCCGAGACGAGAAAACCUCACGGGCAUAAAAUGAAAACGACUGUGGAGAUUUGGGACGGAGCCGGCUGUGUGGACUUCAGCGUUUCUCCCUCUGGGAUGCAGGACAUUGUCAUCGCCAUGACGACAGUGGGCGGAGCCAUCUGUGUGAUGCUGGUCAUCAUCUGCCUGCUGGUGGCUUACAUCACUGAGAACAUCAUGAGUCCAUCAGUACAACACACACUUGCAGCACGACACUCCACACGCUCACACAACACACACCUGUAAACACACACACAUGUUUGUCUUACAUUCCUUGUGAGGACUUCCAAAGGUUUCUAUUGAUUUUUGUAUUGCUGUAGCCAAGUAAUACCACACCUACACCUAAACCUAGCCCUAACCUUAACCUCAGGUGUCC